AUGUCUGCUGCACGAAGAGCUACCAUGGUCAUAGCUGCUAACCGUUUCUCUGUUUUCAAAUUGUCCAAGGUGAGAACCUCGACUAGCUUCUUGAGGUCCGCAAUAAUUUCCUCUUGUGUAGGGGGAGGAACUUCCUCCGACGAGGAGGACGACGAGGAAGAUGGCACGGGUGACGGACAAGGAGGGGGGAAAGGAGACAACUCCCAUAGGGGAGCACCAGGGCGAGCGGCACGGAAGGAGACCGAGGGGGGGAGAGGAGGAGGAAGACCGGGAAGUUCGUCCGAGGACGAAGGAGACUCUGUCGCGAACACCGAACGACGAGCGGCGGGGGGCGACGAGCGAGCGACGGGCGAAGAGCGAGAAGUUGUCGAGACCUUCCUCUGUUUAGCAGGGGAAGGGGGGAGGAAGGAACAGACACCUGAUGUACACGAUGCACAUUGUGUACCACGGUUGGCUCCACAGGGACAAACACAGGGGAAGUUGGGGAGGGCCAAGAGACUUGCCGAAGUUCUUACCGUUCCCGAGCAAGGAACAGGCGAGGAAGAAGGGGCUUCAACCCGUACCCGUUUGCGAGCGGGGGUGGGCGAGGACAAAGCGGACGAAGAGGAAGAGGACACCAAUAUUGGUGAAGAGUUUUGUCGAUGUCUCUUUUUAGGAGACCGAAGGAUGGAAGGUUUUCUUGAUGAACUCGCCCCUUUCGAGGGAGUCUUUCUCUUGGCCGGGGUCGAGGACGGACCGGCGACGGGAGCGGGAGGCGCAGAAGACGAGGAAGAUGCCCACAGCAAAGGGAGAGCAGCCGACAGAGAAGAGAGGCGAAGGCCAGCUGAGCUGGCGAGGCGGCCGACGAAGGACAAAGGGGGAGCAGGAGGGGGAGACUGA